GAAGAAGAGUCCCGUCGACAGGAGGAGGGACGGCUUCGUGCCGAAGAGGCUAGGAGGAGGGCUGAGGAUGAACACCAAAGGGCCGAUGCAGACAGACGCGCCGCGGAGGACCAGAGGAAGCGAGCUGAGGACGACGCCAGAAGAGCAGGAGAAGAACGCGCCAAAGCGGAAGCUGAGGCUCGUAAGGCGCAGGCCGAGCAACAGAAGGCCGACACGGCUCGUCAAGAGGCCGACAAGAGGGCCGCCGACGCCCGUACUGCGCGCGAGAAGGCGGAGAAGGAGUUGCGCGACGGUAUCCAGCCUAUUGUCAUUCCUACACUAGCCCAGUUCCGCGAGACGAAGUUGCGCCUACAGUACAGGGAGGGUCUCUUCCACUUCGCUAUCGCCGGGAAUUCGGGAAGCGGCAAGUCCUCUCUGAUCAACGCCUUCCGUGGCCUCCGUAGCAAGGACAGCGGCGCAGCAGCAGUGGGCGUCGUCGAGACCACGAGUGUCAUCGCCCGAUACCCCGACUCCAACCCUGCGAACCCGUUCGUGUGGUACGACGUCCCUGGCGCGGGCACGCUGUCCAUCCCCGAUUGGCAGUACUUCACUGACCAGGGGCUCUACAUCUUCGACUGUAUCAUCGUCCUCUUCGACAAUCGCUUCACCGUGACGGACGUCGCUAUCCUGCGCAACUGCGCGCAGUUCCAGAUCCCGACUUACAUCGUGCGCUCCAAGUCCAAGCAGCACAUCCAGAACGUUGCCGAGGACAUGGCCGAUGAGCCUGACGCUGACGAUCUCGAGCGGGCGCGCGAAUUAUACGUUCGAGAGACGCGUGCGAGCGUCGCGCGGAACCUGGAGGCCGCAAAGCUACCGGCUCAGCGAGUCUACCUUGUCGACAAGGAAUCUCUGGUCCGCGUGAUGAAAAUGAAGUCCAAGCCGGACAAGCCGCCACGAGGACUCCUCGAUGAGAUGGAGUUGUUGCAGGACCUAUUCGGCGAGGCCCGCCGCCGACGG